CACGGCCAGGGAGGGUCUGAGGGACCGAGCCGUCUUCUCGCGCCCCACACUUCCCAGGGCCCUCCUCCCCACCAGCACCCAGGCCUUGUCAGUUCGUGAGGGGUCACCCUUCCCUCCAGUCCUCCUCACCUUGCACUUCUCCUUGCGACGGAGUGUUCAUUUAUUCUUCGCCUUUGCCGUCUCCAACUUGGAGGACUCUCCAUAACGGUCCUGAAUGAUGACUGACGCGGGUUUGUGCGAUAUCCCUCCCAGUCCCUGUCACUCGCCAUUGAUAACGCACCCGCACGUCUAGCCCCAGCAGCUGGGCGAAAAGCGGCUUUAGAGAGAGCAAAGCUUCCGCUGGCGGACGGGACUGAAGUACUGCCGCCCUCCGGCUUUCUGCAGCGGUGGGGAUCCAGACACUUCGCCUAAUCCACCUGGCUGCCCUGCCGAGCAGAUAGAGUGUGGCCGCUACAGGACACCCGCUGCGCUUCGGCUAUGAAGUAGCUGCCGCUGGCGGCGCCUGCCCGACUGCCUGCCCCAGCCCAGCGCCUCGCUGCGGUCCUCCCCGGAGGGGCCGGAGCGGCGUGGACAUGGCUGGCGUUCGCAGCCUGCUGGUUCUCCUCCUGGUGUUUCAGAGCAACUGUUGGGGUUACAGAAACCCGCUUUAUGUCUUUAAGAGGUUUAAAGAACCUACAAGAACAUUUUCCAAUGAAUGUCUUGGUACCACCAGAUCAGUCAUUCCUAUUGAUUCAUCAGAUUUUGCAUUGGAUAUUCGCAUGCCUGGGGUUACACCUAAACAGUCGGACACGUACUUCUGCAUGUCAAUGCGCUUGCCAAUGGAUGAAGAAGCCUUCGUGAUUGACUUCAAGCCUCGUGCCAGCAUGGAUACUGUCCAUCACAUGCUGCUUUUUGGAUGCAAUAUGCCUUCAUCUACUGGGAGUUACUGGUUUUGUGAUGAAGGAACUUGUGCAGAUAAAGCCAACAUUCUAUAUGCCUGGGCAAGAAAUGCUCCCCCAACCAGACUCCCAAAAGGUGUUGGAUUCAGAGUGGGAGGAGAGACUGGAAGUAAAUACUUUGUACUGCAGGUGCACUAUGGGGACAUUAGUGCUUUCAGAGAUAAUCACAAGGAUUGUUCUGGUGUGUCCUUACACCUCACACGUGUACCACAGCCUUUAAUUGCUGGCAUGUACCUUAUGAUGUCUGUUGACACUGUAAUACCAGCAGGAGAGAAAGUAGUGAAUUCUGACAUUUCCUGCCAUUAUAAAAAGUAUCCAAUGCAGGUCUUUGCCUAUAGAGUUCACACUCAUCAUUUAGGUAAGGUGGUAAGUGGAUACAGAGUCAGAAAUGGGCAGUGGUCACUAAUUGGACGCCAGAGCCCUCAGCUGCCCCAGGCUUUCUAUCCCGUGGAACACCCAGUAGAUGUUAGUUUUGGUGACAUACUGGCAGCCAGAUGUGUAUUCACUGGUGAAGGAAGGACAGAAGCCACGCACAUUGGUGGCACAUCUAGUGAUGAAAUGUGCAACUUAUACAUUAUGUAUUACAUGGAAGCCAAGCACGCAGUUUCCUUCAUGACCUGUACACAGAACGUUGCUCCAGAUAUGUUCAGAACCAUACCUCCAGAGGCCAAUAUUCCAAUACCCGUGAAGUCUGAUAUGGUUAUGAUGCAUGGACAUCACAAAGAAACAGAGAAGAAAGAUAAGACUUUACUUCAGCAGCCCAAACAAGAAGUGUUAGAACAGGGUGAUUUCUAUUCACUACUUUCCAAACUGCUAGGAGAAAGGGAAGAUGUUGUUCAUGUGCAUAAAUAUAAUCCUACAGAAAAGGCAGAAUCAGAGUCAGACCUGGUAGCUGAGAUUGCAAAUGUAGUCCAAAAGAAGGAUCUUGGUGGAUCUGAUGCCAGAGAGAGUACAGAACAUGAGGACAGGGGCAAUGCUAUUCUUGUCAGAGACAGAAUUCACAAAUUCCACAGACUAGAAUCUACUUUGAGGCCAGCAGAGAACAGAGUUUUUUCAUUACAGCAGUCCCUACCUGGUGAAGGCACCUGGGAACCAGAACAUACAGGAGAUUUUCAUGUUGAAGAGGCACUGGAUUGGCCUGGAGUGUAUUUGCUACCAGGUCAGGUUUCUGGGGUGGCGCUGGACCCUAAGAAUAACCUGGUGAUUUUCCAUAGAGGCGACCAUGUCUGGGAUGGAAACUCUUUUGAUAGCAAGUUUGUUUACCAGCAGAGAGGUCUCGGACCAAUAGAAGAGGAUACUAUACUUGUCAUAGAUCCAAAUAAUGCUGCAGUUCUCCAUUCCAGUGGAAAAAACCUGUUUUACUUACCACAUGGCUUGAGUAUUGAUAAAGAUGGAUAUUAUUGGGUCACAGAUGUUGCUCUCCAUCAGGUAUUCAAACUGGAUCCAAACAGCCAAGAAGACCCCCUGUUAGUCCUAGGAAGGAGCAUGCAGCCAGGCAGUGACCAGUAUCACUUCUGUCAACCCACGGAUGUGGCUGUGGAUCCAGACACUGGAGCCAUUUAUGUGGCAGAUGGUUACUGCAACAGUCGGAUUGUGCAAUUUUCACCAAGUGGAAUGUUCAUUACACAGUGGGGAGAAGAGUCUUCCGGGAGCAGUCCGGAACCAGGUCAGUUCCGUGUUCCACACAGCUUAGCCCUUGUGCCUCCUAUGGACCUGUUGUGUGUGGCAGACAGGGAGAAUGGCCGGAUCCAGUGUUUUAAAACUGACACCAAAGAGUUUGUGCGUGAAAUUAAGCAUGCAUCGUUUGGAAGAAAUGUAUUUGCAAUUGCAUAUGCAUCAGGUUUGCUCUUUGUGGUGAAUGGGAAGCCUUACUUUGGAGAUCAAGAGCCUGUGCAAGGAUUUGUGAUGAACUUUUCCAGUGGGGAAAUUAUAGAUGUUUUCAAGCCAGUGCGCAAGCACUUUGACAUGCCUCAUGACAUCACUGCAUCUGAGGAUGGGACUGUGUACGUGGGAGAUGCUCACACCAAUACCGUGUGGAAGUUCACAUCAACUGAAAGAAUGGAACAUCGAUCAGUUAAAAAAGCUGGCAUUGAGGUCCAAGAAAACAAAGAAUCCGAGGCAGUUGUUGAAACCAAAAUGGAUACCAAACCCGCCUCCUCAGAAUUGCAGAAGAUGCAAGAGAAACAGAAACUGAUCAAAGAGCCAGGCUCGGGAGUGCCCGUUGUUCUCAUUACAACCCUUCUGGUUAUUCCGGUGGUUGUCCUGCUGGCCAUUGCCAUAUUUAUUCGGUGGAAAAAAUCAAGGGUCUUUGGAGCAGAUUCUGAACACAAACUCGAGGCAAGUUCAGGAAGAGUACUGGGAAGACUUAGAGGAAAGGGAACAAGAGGCUUAAACCUGGGAAACUUCUUUGCAAGCCGUAAAGGCUACAGCCGAAAAGGGUUUGACCGCCUCAGCACGGAGGGAAGUGACCAAGAGAAAGAAGAGGAUGACGGGAGUGAAUCUGAAGAGGAGUAUUCGGCACCUCUGCCCCUGCGUUCGCCUUCCUCCUCCUGAAAACCAGGCUUUGACCUAGGUCAAGGAGCAUUACCGAGAAUGCCAGGUUCCUUUUCUUUGAGCACGUUUCAAGUUUUGUGUAUUUAAUUGUAAACGUACCAGUCUCUGUAGGACGGUACACAUUUUACUUUGGUUUUGCUUUAGUUGACUUCUGUUUCUAGUUAAGGAGUUUCCUAAAAUUUCAUAACAGUGCCAUUGUCUUUCUAUGAACAUAGGCUAGAAAGCAGUCCUCUUCCAUCACACUACUAAUUUAAAGAUGGAAGCUUGCUCACUGACAUUUUUGAGACUUUUCUGUAGAUGUAAAUAAACCUCUUCUCUGCUUGGACACAGUAUUUUGCCAGUAGCACUUCAUUGCCAGUGUCUUUCUUUGGUGCCUUUCCUGUUCAGCAUUCUCAGCCUGUGGCAGUAAAGAGAAACUUUGUGCUACAUGACGACAAAGCUGCUAAAUCUCCUUCUAUUUUUUUAGAAUCACUAACAUUAUAUUGCAAUGAGGGGGAAAAUCUAUUUAAAUUCUUUUUUUUUAUUUUCUUCUUCAGUUGGUGUGUUUUGGGAUGUCUUAUUUUUAGAUGGUUACACUGUUAGAACACUAUUUUCAGAAUCUGAAUGUAAUUUGUGUAAUAAAGUGUUUUCAGAGCAUUAGCUGUCAGAGUGUAUUUUGCAAUUUUUACAUAUUUGCAGGGUUUUGUAUACAACUUUUGUAAUUCCACAAAUCACAGAUGCAGUGAACCUACUCAAUGUCUUCAACCAAAAAAAAUGUGAUGUGUUGUAUUAAAAUGACAAAGAUAUCUUGUUAUGUAGCUGAUGAAAUAAGUUUUAAAAAUAGCCUACCAGUUUACAUACAUAUGUAAAACCGGUUCUUUUUUAAAAUCAGAGUUUUUGCCUGUAUAUCAAGUAGAAGCAAAUACUUUAAUAAAAGGUGAUCACAGCUAAGAGAAAAACUGUGUCUCAAAUUACAUAUGCAAACGAAUCAUUCAGUGUAGCUUCCUACUAAUAGAUUUUUUAAAGAAAAAUUUAUUUAAAUUCCUAGGUAUUUAUAGGACUGUUCAUCUCUAACAUUGACUACAAAUUGCUUUUAAAAUCCCUUUUUCAUAAUCCAUCAAUGCAAUUAAUAAGAACCUGCUAAUUUUCCUUGGGAUAAUUACUAGGCUCUGGAACCCUUCAAAAUGUCUACUCACUAUUCUGACAUCUUAGUAGUUGGUGUAUUAGAAGUUUAAUUGAC